UCUGGCUUACAUAAUCCUAUAUUCCACGAUGCUAGCGCCAUUCUACACGCAUCUCGCGACAAAGCACUUGCGCCAUCUAUCCACGCCCGUCAACAUGACCAAUUGAUUCACGAACUCAUGCCUCCUUGGGUUGCACGACAAUGGCACGUUCUACGGCCCUCUGUGCGUGCUAUUCAACUGCGAAACGCCCCAAGGUCAUCCAUUCAAGUGGCCAUCCGCGGCUACUCCAACACCUCCGGUGGCAAUGAGACAAGACCAAAUCUAAUCUCCAACAAUUCCGCCAUUGUCAUACCAACUUCAGUCGGUGAUGCUACACCCGAGCAUUUCGUCAAGCACAUCAGACCCGUUUCCCCAGCCCGCAUCGACCACCACCGAUUCGCCGUCUUCUUCGUCACGCCAUCCUUCGCACCAUGGCUUCUUGACGAUGCCACUUUUCUACAAAAAGCAGUCAACCGCGUUUUUUCGCACCUGCGCAUUUCUAGGGAACAGCCACCCGAGCACACUGUUCAUGCGUUAUGCGCCGUAGUAGACAAGCUUCCCAUCCCGCCGUCGCUGGAUCAUGUCGAGAACCUGGAGAGCCUGGGCGAAGAAUUGCGGACGAGAAUAGUCAAACCGCCUAUAGGCGAAGUUGGCUUCGAAGGCAUGGCGUAUAUCACAUUGCCCUUGACUGAUUCGAUACCUUCGCCGCUCGCAUCGCAGCCUGCCUCGGACCAAGCUGCCGUCAGUUUUGUGGCUUCCACUUCCUCUAAGAACGGUCUCGGUCAUUUCACCGAUACCCUGCGGUUGCCUCUGUCCAAUACUGUCUUCCAGACCGGCUCGCCGUCCACUAUGAUUUACUCAACAUGGGCCAAGAGUAAAGAGACCAAUGCAUUGGCCCUGCAAGCCAAGGAGAAUGUUACGCACCACAGUAUCAAGCUGCAGACGGAUGCGCUUUGUUCCCGUCAAACUUCAACACUUGCUGUGCCUUUGAUCCCACUCACGUUCCCACGCCGGGUAGAAGCAAGCAUGGGGAAUAUCCUCCGACAAGUGGCCGGCCCAGAUGGCACCACAAUCGUCGCGUCCCACGAACUCGAGAGAGUUGUCCCACGAUUUUUUGGUGCUCGGGGAGAAUCACCGCAAGCGACCACCGUUUGGGCUCUUGUAAUGUCGAGGGAAAUACUGGCACACGUGUUGUCGACGACAGGUUCAAUGCUCGGACAGAUUCCAGACUCGGAAUCUUCGAAAGCUGUGGAUGCUGGUGAACAGUCGUGGGAACGGCUUUGGGCUCAAGAGCAGCCUGCUUGGAACGAUCUCGUUCCAGACGCUAUGGCCACCGGUGCUCGUCUCCAUCGUGUUCUAAGCGGCGGCGGUGGAUGGGGGAAGAAAGCUGGUUUGCUCUCAUUGGACCCCGCUGUCAAUACCCUCGAAACAUCGUCCGAAGAGAAUAUGGCCGAUGGUCCAAGCGAUCUCUCGUCCGCUUUGCAGCCAGUCGUGCGGAAUGGGGACUUCGUUCAAUUUUUCACCUCGCCCUCCGAACCCGCAUCCAAGUCACAGUUCAAAGUGGGCACGCUAAAUCAACUGAGGGGAUUUAAGAAGAGGUGGCGUUGGGAGUUUGGCAUCAUCCCCAGUACCGCAGAUGCGCUUACCGCGAGUUCAUGGCAGCAUGAUAAUGUAGCUCCCAAGGAUACAUUUGUUUUCCGGGGCAGCUUCGGCGCGCUGACCGAAGGUGGUAUCACUAUCAACCGGCAGUUCAGGCUUCAUGAAAAGGACGCACCCUCUGUGGUUGGUGCAAGUAAGGUGGAUGUUCCGUUUUCGCGAUUCUCUGCUGUGCAGAUUGGAGAUGAUCUAGGGAAUCCGAUCAAACGAAAAAGUCAUGCAGAAUCACAUUCAUCUCCCAAUUCGGUGGUGGGUGUGUCCGGUUCGUUACGACGCAAGAUCAGAAAACGAGCUAGGGACGCUUCGUGGAAAUCCAGCCAGUCUCACACCGACAUGUCCAAUGCUGCUGCAGUCCGAACCGAUAUCUUAGGCCAUACAAUAAAUUCAGGAAGGGAUGCACCUCCAACCGUUAAUGUACGCCAUGCCAGACGCAAUCGUACUCGUCGAGAUUUUGGAAGGGAAACGUUCCUCCGAUGCUGGGACGAAGCUGGCCAGGCGAUUCGCGAGACGUCUAAACUCAUCGACGAUGCUCGCCAUCUUUUGUACCGCGCCCGCUACGAACACAAACGAAAUCUUAACCCGACUCGGAUUCACAUCAAAGAAUUAGCCAACACCACAGAAGAGAGCAACUUCCGCAUAACCACCAUACAAGAAGAACUCGAGACCAUCCUCAACACCACCCUUCCGGCCUUGAAUCCCAUCACCAGAAUCCCCUUACUAGGCCGGUACUCCGCUUUCAGAAAAUACAUGUUCGGCAUCAACACCAAAACCAGAGAUCUCAAAAGACAACUCGUCGCCCUGCACAACGCUAUGCUCUCGAUACUCAUGUCAUCAUCUUCUGCUAUCCCCGCGUUGUCAAGACGGAUUAGACAGCUUGGGCGCACAAGAGCUCGUUUUGGUCCACGCAGGCGACAAACGAUCCCCAAAUCACCAUCCUCUCCUACCCCUGCGCUAGCCAAACGGAAGAUUGGGCAUCGUAGGCGCAGAAGUUUCAGGAAAUCAUAUGUUCCAUCGAUACGCUCCUAUGAUAGCGUGCGCGGACGGGAACGCAGGUGGGAGGGAGUUAAAAUCAAGCAGGUGUAUGUUGGGCGAGAGAAAAGGAGGGUCAGGGUUCGGAAUGUGGUCAGUAAAUCACGGACAUCUUCACCGCUUGUAAGACACGUCAAUGUCACGAGCGAAAGCGGCAGGAUGAGGAGGAGAGAAAGAAAACAAGCGCUGCUGAGCCUUGUACAAGGGUGGUUGGGAGACGUCGAUAUCGCCCUGCCCCCGCCCACCUUCUCUUCAUCCCCCGACAACGCCUUCCCAGAGACCAAUUACACGUGGGGUUGGCCGACCGCCAAUCUCAAAAACCCCAGCGCCGUCCCGCUUCCCCCAACGAACAGAUCAUUCGGAGCCCAAUUCAACCAAGCGGUGAAGCAGGCGCCCAAGGAUCCUGCACAGGUACAUGCACUGGAAUCCAUCAUCAACAACGACAACCCUCCUAUCGCAGACACGCAUCCCACACACCGUGACAACGAAACCGAACAAGAAAACGCAGAUGGCAAAAACAACCCUAAAGAAGACCAAAACGGCAGUCUUGACACAUGGUCUUCUAAACCUAAAUUACCACAACGCAGAUUCGGCGCCGCAGCGGCGAUGGAUUCCGCUCACCCUAAAAUCAUCGAAAAGAAGGAAGGGGAAGAAGCUAAGAGGCAGAGGUUGGCUGGGGAUGACGAGGAGUGGUAG